AUGACGUCCAAGAAGACUGCGCAGACGUAUUGUCGCAUUGCAUUAAGCGACUUGACUCACGAUCAAAUCGCACAAUGGACUGUACGAUCUGUAUCUGGAAGCUCGCUUCAUUUUGAGCGUGUGCAGCCUGAGAUUGAUACGUCAACUGGCUCUAGUUUCUCAGACAUGGCUACCACGACACGGCGUCUACAGAUGGCUGCGCUGGACGAGCGAUUAAGUGUUGGUCUUCGCUGUGGAACGUGUGAUAUUUCCGAAUUUACGUCUCUAGAAGAUCAGCAUGUGCACUUCAAGUCGGUAGCACACUGUGUAAACCUCAAACGUCGAGCUCGCGGUCUGCCGAGUCUGUCAGAGCAGGAGGCGCUUCAAUAUAGAGAAAAACAUAACGACAAGAAUGAAAAGGAUAGAGAUAAUAUGGACGGAGGCUAUGCGUCUUCUUCUUCGUCUUCUACAUGGUCGGAAGAAGAAAAUAAAGAAGCGGUUGCAACGUCAGAGCCAGUGGUCGAGUUUACGGAUGGCAAAAGCGUGUUUAAAGUUUUUAAGAACAUUCUGCCGGAUGCUGAGGAAGAAAAUUUUAAUCCGUACACGUCACUAGAUAAGAUUUGCGCAUCCAAGUUCCGUUGGGCGGUGUUUCUGCUACGUAGUGGUCGUUUUGCUGGUGCUGUAUUUGAUAAAGACAAGGCGCUGUGUCAUAAAACCUUUCAGCGGUAUACGACAAGACGGAAGCAGGGUGGCGCUCAAUCUGCAAGUGACGCUAGUGGCAAGGCAAAGUCUGCAGGAGCUACAUUGCGACGGUAUAAUGAAGCAGCGCUGAAGCAAGAUGUGGCAUUGCUGCUGACAGAGUGGAAGGAGAUACUGAAAGAUGCAGAGUUGAUUUUCCUGUCAAGUGGGAAGACGGAGCGUGCAACUUUUUUCCCAGAGAAAAAUGCAGUGCUGCGGCCAGACGACAAGAGGUUGAAGAGAAUUCCGUUUGCUACAUUCAGGCCGACAUUUGAAGAGGUGUGCCGAGUGCGUUCCGACCUCAGCAGCGUUUGGUUCUCACCCCUUGAAGCAGCAACGAUAUCUCUUAUCGAUAGCACGAAGAAGUUGAAGAAGAAAAAUAAAAACACUCACGAAACGUUACCCGAAGUAGAAACAAAGACUGACAGCAUUCAGAAGGACGUAGAGGCGGCAGAAGUAGAGGCCCCUCGCAUUGUUCAACUGGUGCAUGACGGCGACUUGAAUGGGAUUAAGGAGCUACUGUCAAAUGCCGAGGAAAGGGACAUCGAAGUGAAUGCGGUCGAUUGCAAGUGUAUGACAGCGCUUCACCACGCUGCUGCAAAGAAUGCUUUAUCGAUGGUGGAGUGUCUGCUAGAGGAAGGGGCAAACCCAUCCCUUUUAGACCUUCACAAUCGACCUCCAUACUUCCUGUGCAGCUCAAAAGAGACUCGAAAUGCAUUUCGUAGGUUUAUGGGGGAGCACCCAAACAUGUGGAAUUACGCAAUAGCACAAAUUCCUGAAGGACUGACGAGUGAAAUGGAGCAGCGCAAAAAGGAAAAGGAAGCUGAAAAACGAAAGAGGGCCCGCGAACGUAAGAAACAACAGAAAAGGGAAGCAGCCGAUCAAAAGCGAGAGGAACUUGCGCGUCAGGCGGAGUCGGAGCGCAAGAUCGCAGCAGGUCUGGCUUGUGAUUUCUGUGGCAAGUAUGCUGGAAAGUCUCCGUUUACUCGCUUAGAGUACAAGUACUGCUCAACGGACUGUGUCAAUGGACACAAGCGGCAUCUGAUGAGUGAGGCAGCUCUGCGUCGACUCGGAGGUUAA